UCCUGCUCUUUAUCCGAGCUAUGAGGAGGAGGCAGCGCCACAGUCAGUGUUGGCCACAGCUUAGUACUGUGAGUUCCCCGGCCUGAAACUGAGAAAUAACAAAUUUAAAUCGACAAGAAGACGCUUAAAACAUCUCCCCAGCUCACCUCAAUUCACCAAUCAGAGCUGAAAAGAGCUGAUUUGACUUCCAGAGAGGUGAAGAAGAGAGAUCAGUCAGACAGAGGAGGGCGUGACAGGGAGCAAGCCGAGCAGGCAAGCUGCUGCUGCAAGAGGAGGAAGAGCAGGCAAUGCACCAGCCAAAGCCAGAGGUCAAGAAAAAAAGUGAAAGAAUAGUGAAAAGGUAGACUCAGAGCGAGAGGAGCUCAUUUGUGAUCUGAGCUAGAGAAACAGACACCAGCCCCUCUUUGUUGUUGCCACUGAGCGACGAGGAGGAUGUGAAGGAGAGCAGCAGAGAGGAAGGGAGGCCACAGCAAGACAGACAAGAAAAUGCUCUCAGAGAUGAUGUGCAGGAGGAGCUGCCAGCAGCAGCAGCAGCAGCAGCAGCAGCAGCAGCAGCAGCAGCAGCAGCAGGAUGGCAAAGGGGCUCUGCAGAGGGAGCCUCACAGCCGCAGGAGGCACGGCUGGUCCAAGAGCUGCAGGGGGCGCCUGCAGGGACGGAGAACAGGAGGGGGAGGGUGGCCAAGAGGGCGCAAUCACCACCAGCAGCAACAACACCCUCAACGUCAUCAUCCUUUUUAUAACCAGCCACGACACCUCCACAGACAGGUGAUGUCUCUACGGCCUGUUAAUGUCAAAGGAAACAGAGCGAGGGGGAUGAGAGCCCCGAAGAACACCAACCAGUUUCUGAUGCACGAAAAGUACCAGAUGCUGCACAUGCGCUCAGACUCUGUGGGGAGCGACAGUGGCAGCAGUUCAGACAGUGACGUGGAGCUCACAGACAUGGACUCAUACCUGGGCGUCCUGGAGAAUGCCAGAGGAGCCCUUUUGGACAGUCCCAACCCACACGGUUCAACGACACCACCAGGGCAGUUUGUGGUACUGCAUGAGGACAGUCUGCGUCUGCAAGAGGACAGCAUGCAGUAUUUCCCCUCUGAAGAUGACCUGAUCCAGAGCCAGAACUUCAUGCAGAGGGACUUUGUUGAGUUCUGUGACAUCCUGACGUCCUGAAGGGAAACUUUCAGGGAGCCAUUUUGUUGUCAGCAGCGUGAACCUCGAACCUCAGACUGAACGGGGUCAGGUUUGUGCUGCUUCAUGUUCACAGACGAUAAAUCUUCAUGUUCAAGUCGUUUUGCCUUAAAGUCUUAAGAGUCCGCUCGCAGGGUGAGAUGAUUCCACCAGUUUUUUGUUGUUUUUUUUUGCUGAAAAUACUUUUUAGAUAUUUUUAAACAUUUAUGUUCCUCAGCUCCUGUGCAGAGAUCUUUCUCUCUUUGUCAUUACUGAUAAAACUUGCACUGAGGUUAAGAAAACGAGGGGAACUGCACUGAAAGGGUCUAAAUUGUCUCACCCUGUUUGUAUUUUUUAAGGUUUAAGAUGAAAUCUGAAUGUGAAGUGAAAAUGACUUUAUGACGACAUGUUUUUUUACAUAAUAUUUGGUUGACGUUGGUUACGUAUAGUGUGUCUGGAUGCUGUAAAGUGCUGCCUUUCUGUUGUUGUUGUUGCACACAAAGAGAGAUUGGCUGGGUGGUGGGAGUGAGCUCUAACAGCCAAUCAGCACCAAGCUGGCUAUGUCAGGCUGCAGAUGAUUGGCUGAUACAGACAGUCAUGGACAAGAAAAGCCCUAAAGUGUACAGAAUAAAACAAACAAAAAAAAGCUUAAAUAAAUAUCUGAUUGUUGUAAUGAUGGUGAGUGAUUUUUUGUGGGUGUUUAUGAGUGUGAGUGAGUUUAUUAUUUGAUGUCAGUGUAAUGAGGGUCAGUGUGUCACUGAGCCACACUGACUGAUACAGUGAAACAGGCAAAAAAAAUGAAACACAAGAGUAGACCACACACAGCAGGUCACAUGACAGCAUGAGGGAGGAGGAGCAAAGUUAAGAAAAACCCAUGUGAGAUAAACUAAAUUAGAGAUCAAGAGAGGAACAAAGACUGCAGUAUAAAUAAAUGAAAGAUGAAGUUGAUUAAAUUUUAUUCUACCAUUAAAUAAAACAUGCACACAAUGUUUUCUUGUCAUAACAUGUAGAAACACACAAAAAAUGGAAGAACAAUAAAACAUCAUUCAACAGAAACGAGAUUUUAUGAUUUAUAAAGAUUAAAUAUGACACAAGCCCAAAUUUUCCACCUGGAAAUCAUUACACAAAGACAACCAAGAUAAGAUUAAAUCAAGUUUAUUUAUAUCAAAUGAAACACAAGAGCAGUCGAACAAGGUUAACAGCAACAAUUAGAGGUAAAACUUUCAAUAUUGAAAAGGCAAUUUUACAAAUACAAAUAUGUUCAUUAAAAAUAUUAUGACUGCAUUAAUAAGCUAGGUCCACAAUGACUGACUAAAUAAAAUGAAUUAUUAAGAGUAAAGAUGCACCAAAAGGAGAGUAAUUAAGCCACAGCUCAGGCUUUAGCUGGCUAAUUGUGUCAGUUAAAUAAAUGUCACUUAAAAAUAAAACAGAUAUUUCUCUUACAGUCAUUAGACUUAACUCGCAAAGAGAAAACAGUACCAUAAAUAAUAAAUAAAAAUGAGACAGCAAGGAGCAACUCCAGCUUUUCUCCCACUGAACUUUAAGACCAGAGUUUUAACGUUACUGUGCAAAAAAAAAAAAGGGAGAAGCAUCAGAAUUAGAACUAAAUCAUGAGCCAAGUUUUUCAUGUACGAACAAACACCUACAAUAAAUCUGCUGUCUUGUCAUGCCCUACUGACACACCUGUUACUCUCUUAUUUGGCACAUUUAAUGCCUUUAAAUUUCUAUAACUAGAAGACCUUUUUGUGAACUGUUGAAUGUCUUAUGUGCCAGUACUCAGCUCUGCGGAAACAGAAAUUACAUCACAGUGGAUUCCUUACAGUGUUACGCCCCUUUCAUAUACAGUGAGAAGCAUUAAAGGCGGUAGGAGGGGGAUACACUAUGUUCCCGCAGAGCCGUUGAAGUGGAUUACAUAAAGUAGAGUGGGCUGGUCACACCCACUGAGGACAGACAGGGAGGUAUAAGCCUCUUUGUGUUUGUGUGUCAUAAACUAAUAAUGGUAACAGGUCAAAGUUUUAGAAAGGGGAGGGGGGUACGUGGUUCACUCUGGUGUAUUUGACCUGUAAUUCUGCCCAAAGACGGAGAUCAACUCCAUGAAUCAAUGUUACUGAAAGAUAGACUCCGAGUCUCAGUCACUAUUUUGCCUUUUGGGAAUCGUAAAGUGUGACGGGAAAAAGUAGAACAAAAUGUUCUAGUCAUCUCAAGUUUCUGUUUGAACUAUUUUUAAGAAGAUUAACUCGACAAUGAUGCUUUAGAUCCUCCAAGUAAUUCAACACUAUGACUAAUAGGCAGAGAAAAAGGGGGCUUAAGGGUUAAAUGAACCAAACAGAUUUACCCUCAGAGGCUGGCUUGUUGGUUAACCUGCUGCUGCUGUUUUAAGCAGGUCCAGUUAGCCUUGAGCAGGAGUAGCCAAGCUAUUUCAUCUCUGUCAUGACUGUGUAUUCGGCUAUUGGUGUGAUUAAAUGUAAGGGAGAAAGGUGAAUUAAAAUGUUCCACAGUGAAGUUUGUGUGUGCGUGCGUGCAUUUGGGGGAGGGGGUGUUGGGGUUAGGGUUAGGGUUGGGGGGGUAUGACUGGGCUUUUGCAGGCUGGUUGUGUCGAGUCACCUUAUUCAUUUGAUAUCACUCCAUGUCUCAUGUAUCAGCUUUCAAAUCAGGCUGAGAUUCUUUUCCUUUAAUAAACUUACAGGGGGGAGUAGUUUUAUAUGAGUGAUGAAGAGAUAAAUAAAAUGUACUUUCUACUCAGGUGGUUUUAAAGAAAGUAAAUUCAUUUAAAUGUCAUGAUACACUUGGAGGUGAUAAUUCAGAGAUCUAGUAAUGUACAUUCCCUGGAUCCUUUGCUGGCUGGUUGUGUUAAUCCCCUCUGUCAGCUUUAACUCGAUUUAAUAACUCUCUAACUCUUCUGUUUUCACUGCCAAAGUUACAGCUGCAGCUCUGCAUAACACAGAGUCUUUAUUCUCACUUUAUAAAUGACAGGUAUCUUUAAAGAAGUAAUCAAUAGUUAAAUUAAUCAGAGAAACAACAUAAACUCCUCUUCCUGUCAGAGACACACAGCUCCUUCUUUUCAUGACAACAAUAGCCUUCAGCAGGACUGGGUGAGCAAUCCUUUUGAACAUUAUUAUUGUCAUUUCUAUUUAUCUAUUCGUAAGAAUAAAACAGACUCACUCCAUUUAGCUUCAUCAUGGUUAAGCCAAAAAAAAGUUUUGCUUCUAUUUGUGUCAAAACUCCCCAAAAAGCUUUGAGAACAAUAACUUAAAUUUGAGAUGUGGAGUAAAAUGUAGUCGACUUACCCAGGUUUUCCUGCAGUGUGGAAGGUUAUUUAUUAGCUUUAUUAUUUCAGUAUAACGGGGUCCUUCCUUGAUGAGUAUAGUCAUUUUAUUGUCAUUUCUAUAAUAUUGUAUUUUUAGUGUACACUUACACAAGUGACAUUUUCAGCUUUUCUAAAGAUUUACUGUGGAAUGUGUUACUUGAUCAAAGCUACUGAAGGGUUGAAACCAGGUCCAGGACCAGGUGUGGAAUAACCAGCUCAUGGGCCUGAGGCAAAAAUGAGCUGAGAGGUUUUUCUCUCUCGCUUUCUUUUCUACACCUUUCAGUAAUUCAUGCUUGUCAGGCAAGAAUCUGUAUAUAAUAGUGUAUAAAGUAGCCAGAUCAAGUUCUGCCACUGGCCUCAAGAACACCUCAUAAUCCUCAUGUGGACAGCCCAGGUCUGACUCCAGCCUGAUGUCCCUUUCCUGCUGUCUCUCCUUGUUUCCUUCCCUGUCCACUUAAAGUGUCCACUUAAUAAAGAAAUCUUGCAAAAAAAAAAAAAAACAAUUAAAGGAAGACACAAGCCUGAGAAGGAAACCAUAUGACACCGGGAGAACCUCCAACCUAAAUAUCAGGGCCAUCUGGUUCUGGUCCCUAUGGUGAACAAAUAAUAACUUAUGGAUGGUGCACAUACUGGUGGAUCAUCACCUGAAAGCGUUUGUGCCUAUAAUAUUCACUCAGUGACUCUCUGACAUUUAACACACAGUGUGUGGUGCCGUUAAUGGUUCUUGAGUCAGGGUCCUGGAGCUCUACACCUCAUUGUCUGAAUGAUCUAAUCAUACCAAUCCCAAAUGUCACAUGUUAAAGUCUGGCAUAAAGGUUUAAAUACCCGGUUUGACCAUCGACCUGUCGCUUAUCUUAUCAAGCGCCAAACACCAGUGCAGUGUUCAGGGGCACAGCAGCAGGUCACAGCUGUUUUGUAUCGGUAAAUUUAGCUCCUGUUUCUACUUCUCUGCUCUUGUCAUCAGCUCCCACUUUAAAGUCUGAGCUGUUGUUGCGCAAUGCUGCUUCUGAUUGGUCAGCUGAAUCAGCCAAACAGGAAGAGAGGGAGCAAACACACACACACACACACACACACACACACACACACACACACACACACACACACACACACAGAAGUAAAGUGGGUUUCUGUGUGAUAAAUUAAGAGAAAGUAGAUCAGCAUCCUGCUAAUACUUCCUCUGUUAGAAACGUGACUACUAAUAUGCUGACAUACUAUACUUGUGAGGACCAUCUGCUACAUUUUCUCUCUAGAUCUUAAAGAAAAACAUUGUCCCCUUCACACCCACAAACUCUGAACAGCAUGUUUAAAGAGGAAACAGCUGAUAUUGUAUAUCUUCUCUCUGUAAAAGUGUCCUCAUAAUGUGUCAAUAUCAGAAAUGCUCCUCACAUGCAGGAGCAGAGAGGUAAACACUAACUUAUUGUGAAGUGUUAAUGCUCGGUGAAGAGGCAGAGAUCCAACAACAAGUUCAGACAGUUGAAUGGCGUGAACGGCAGUUAGAAAGAUCAACAACACACCCCCAAACAUGCACGUGCUGAUGCCCUGAAAUCUGAGGCUCAGUGUUUGAAGGUAAAAGUUUCACACAAUAGAUGUUAAUGAUUACCUCCUUCUUUUCUCUUACUGAACCAAGACACUGAGUCACAACAAUGAACGGUUUCCAAGGAUCAUGGAGGGACAGAUAAUAAAUGACCCAGAUCUUAGUUUCAACGUUUUAUGCAGCCUCUCUUUCGUUGUUUACUUCUUGUAUACUUUGUCAUCGUAGCUUGGUUUUGUCUUUCAUAUACUCUCUAAUUUUAUGUAUUUUUAAACCCCCGACUCUAAAGUAACAGUAUUGUUUAUACCUGCAACAAACUUCCUAUCUUGUGCCAGAAUUAAACUGGGAAUUACCUAAAAUGUUUCUGGAGUUUUUGCUUUCAUUUCACUGAUAACAUCAUAACCUUAAGGAAAGGCUAUGAAUCUGAUUUACAAUCUUAAAUACUUGAAAUAUUUGACAUUUUUCCCUGUAUGCAUUUGUCAGGCUUAUACACACAGAGGGGAUUUUCCAUUGGCAGUCCAUCAGGCUUAAGAUCUCACUGAAACCUGCAGAAAUUAGUGCAUCUUAGUGCAACAGAGGACAAACAAAUAUAGGGGACGAUAAUAAUAAGAUGAAGAAUUCAGGUGAAGCCCCGCCAAAAAAUAUAAUAAAAUAAUGAAUAUUUUUAUUCACAUUAAAAAAAGGAUCAACAGCUCUGACAUACAGGCAGAAGCACAAUACGAAAUAAGAACCACAGUUUAAUCUGUCAUUAUAGGAAACUAUAACAACCUGUGAAAGUCCAGACAACACAAGAACCCAACAACAUGAACAAGAACUGAGACCAACAGGACCAAAAAGUGAGAUGAUUAAAUUAAUGAAAAGUUAAUAGUUAAUGAAGAGGAUCUAAAACAAUAAAAGCAGGUAUGAAGCAGUAAAAGAAAGUUAGGGUGAGGUAACUGCAAUAAAGAGAGAGAGAGGGAGACAUUAGUAUUGAUAAAACAUUUAAAGAUAAGGCCGUAAAAACAAGUUAGAAGAAGUGAGUAAACAGAGGGCAAUAACUAGGAAACAUUACAAUAAUUAAAAAGAGUUAAACUCAAGAUAAAUAUAUUAAUCAAAUGAAGAAAGGAGCUCACUCGAGGAAAAUGAAAAGUUUUUAGUUUUGUUGUUUUGGCACAAAACACACGAGGAUUAUGGAUUAUUUGAACAUUAAAAGUUUGAUGACCAGAACACAUAAAACUGAGCCUAAGAACCAGGUCUGGCUGAAUGAGAAAGAGUUAACAGCAACAGGGUUUACCAGUCAAAUCUGAAGGGGUGUACAGUAGUUCAUUGAUAACUGAUAAUAUUUAAAUCCCCAAAACUGCUCCAAAAACCGGUUCAUGUCUUUGUCCAGUGUGACAUACUGAACUAAAGGAGGUUCAAAUCCACGGUGUAAGUUUUAGCGUUGAGUUGAUGUGAUAUGUCCAGACACCAACACCAAUAAUCAAAGCAACUGCAGUCCAUUUAACUCUAUCAGAUCGACAAGCUGACAGAUAGAUAGCUGCACUUAAUUGACCUCAAACGAACAAACACUGAGUCAAUAAACCCCAGCAGUACCAAGACAAACAUAUACCUUAAGGAAUUCCACUUAACUGUCAUAAAUAAUCAACUCUAAUGAAGAAAAUAUCAAAUAUAAAACUGUGAACUCUAUUUUAAAAGGAGGUAAAAGUUAUAACGUAUACAAUUAUAUUAGAGAACAGAGUUGUCAAUGAAAUCAAAUAAAAUGUUACAUUUUUAUUUGAUUUUUUUUACUGCGCCUUUCUCUUGCUUAUGAUUUUUUCCCGGUCAAAGUCUAAACCGGCAUGAGUUCAGACAUGUCUGUGAUAAUAACAACAAGACAAAGACACACUUCCUCGAUUGAGAAAUGCUGAUGGCAGAACUAUUGACUGAGAGUGCCCUGAGUUAACACGGCAGUUCCCUACAUCCUCGUUUCCUUUCCUCAGCCUUUAUUUCUCGCCUGCCUCUACACAAACUGGUUAAUAGAAAAACGACUGCCAAAAUAAACAGAUGCACUUGGAUGAUGAUGAAACAGCACAGCCGAGUAUCAGAGCUGGAAGUGGGUCACACUGGACCCACUUGGUAUCAAACCUGUUGGCACACCCGGGACAAUGACCUUGGAUCAGUUUUAAUGUCAUUUAGACCCCGUAUUAUUUAUGGCAAAUCCUAGAUGACAUAACUGCUGCCUAAAAGUGAAGCCAAGAAGCAGUUUAGGUCUUAGUGACCUCCUCCAUGUAAACAGAUGGGGCAUAGGACAAGUUUAAAACUGCAAUAAAUGCCAAAUACCUGCUGGGAUCCUAACAAAUACUGAACACUAUACCGACUCCCAUUUUUGACCCUCCUGCUGCACGCUCUCUACUCCCCACAUUUCCUGUCUGUCUUCAGCUGUUGUGUCUAAUAAAUGUAAUUUAAAAAGAAAAUUUUAGCUUAGACAAAGUAUGAUUGUCUUACAUUACACAGCUUUUCAUGUGAUUUUAAUGUCACAGAUAAAUUCCCAAAGUUGGGAUAAAAUCAUGAGAGUUUUGUUGCAGACAGAGCGUGCUUCCAUGAAUGAUUGCACUUGUUUGGUUGAAGGUGGUUUUUAAUGCAAUUAGGACUGAUUUAAGGCAGUCUUUUUACUGUCCUUUCACUAACAUUAAACACAACAUGUUUUUUUAAUCAAAGGUCUUAAGUCCUGUUGAUGUAAAUCAGGAUCUUCAGUGACAUAGACAUUGUCACCAACCACAUCAGCCGCUCACAAAAAGUGACUUGUGAGCACAUAGUCUCCAAAUGUGUGAUCGUGUCUGACGUCAAUGUCAAUGUCAAUGUCACGUUUAUUUAUAUAGCACAUUUAUAGGACAGGCCAGACAAAGUGCUUUACAGGAGAAAAACAUAAAAUAAUAAAAGCUACAGGUAUGGCAACAUUAAAAGGGAAACAUACAAUAACAACAAUAAAAGAAAAGCGUACGCGAGUAAAAGCAAGUGACAACUCAACCAAAAGCUAGGGUAAACAGGUAGUUUUUUGAAAGUUUAAUCAAAAUCCUCUGGUGAAUGCUAGACAUUGGAUACAACAUAUAUCUAGCACUGGAGGCCCAUCAUAAUAAAGAUUUUAAUUUUUUUUUUUAUUAAUACCCCCCCCAUUUUCUCUGUCCAUUUUGGAGAUUCAGCCCUAUUAGCUACAAACUUUUUAUAACUGCUAUAAAGUCUAUCAGUCUCUGCAAACAAAUAACUCAUGUGAAGUUUUUUACAUGUGCAUGUCAACCAUUUGCAAAGAAGUAUCUGAGAGGCUGGUUCACGUGCGAUACAGAUAAAAUCAUCUUCAGAGUAUGAAUUUUAAAAGCCAGAGGAAGUCAGGUCUGAGUUCUCUGAUGAGGUCAAAUGAUGACAUUAGAAAUAACUAUGAAAUCUCAAUAUACAGCACUUUAGAUGACAAAGGGCAUAGAAAAGAAAAUGCUCCUAAGAUGCAAUGUUUUAAAUUUGGACAAUAGAAAAGGUGUCAGCUAACAAAGCAGUUAUUUAAGAGGCGUUUUAAAUGUACCGUAGGUGCAAAUACAGCAACAGAUAAAGCAAAAAUAAAGAGUUAAAAUGUCCAAAACAUGAUACUGUGGUAAUGAAAGAAGUUUUCUUUAACUUUUGGAGUCAUCUCCAGCAGAAACCACAGUCAAACAGAGGACAGUGGGUUUGUUUUUGUCCCAGAGCUCCGAACCAAUCAGAGAAGAUCUUCAGCUGUUGUGAGUCUGAAUAAAACCAAAAAAACCCUGAGGAAAUCACUGUUGCUUUAGUGCGAGUGUGUAUGUGUUUGGGGAGGG